AUGUCGGACAAGCUCCAACAUUUAGUCUGCCUAGACGUUUCCGGUCUUCCGGGCUCCCUGCAGCCGCUGUUGGCGGCAAGAAGACGCCACCUCGCCCACCUGAAGAUUUUGAAGGCAAGGCGUCGGGAGAUCAAUGAUGGGCUCGCCAUUCAGCUGUUCCAGGCUUUCAAAAGCACGUUAUGGAGCCUGGACAUCAGCGAAAACAAGGUCACGGAUGCUGUUCUCGAUGACCUUGCUGCAUUGUGCUUCAGCAGCCCUUCUCUGCGGUCUCACUCCAGGCUCAUGACGGAAGGCAAGCUCACAGCCGACGGGCACGGAAAUGACUCUCAUGGGCGGUUCAUGUCUAUCCAAGAGUCUGACUGGAGCGGCACCUUCAGGCACCCGGAACGACACCUCGUGGAUGCCCCCGUGUAUUCUGUCGACCCAACUCGAGGCCUGCAGGAGGACGAAGCCGUCCGGUCCAAUGGCAAGGGCCCUCUGAAGAGAGACACUGUGGAUCAUAUUAAGGCCGCAGUCGCGGGAAGCAUGGAUCGGCCGGUACCUGACUGGUCGGGCGUGCCGCAUCUCGACGUCUGCACCGCGCCCGCCGGUAUCACGCACCUACAUCUCUCAGACACGCAUAUCACAUCUGCAGGCGAGAGGGACAUCAAGACAGGCUCGGCCUCUUAUCAGAGGGGGCCUACGUUUCUUAGCGGCCUACGCCGUAUUCGCUUGGAAUUUGAGGCCGAUCCUGGAUUUUCAACUUCAGAACUUGACGCCGAGGGCCUCAUGGAUAUGGGCAAAGACUUCAGCUUCUUCCCCCAAGACAACAUGUCAAAAGUCGAAGAUACUGCGCGCCUCGCACCCGCCGUCCAGCCACCCAUCGCUAAUCUCCCGCCGGUCAACCGGGCCUGCGACAUGUACCCAUUUAGUGACUUUGACGGCGAGUAUAUGGACUAUUCUGGCGACACCUGGGCCGGACGACCUUUCGAUCGCAAAGUCUGGAUCGGGCCAGGCUUGAUCAAGAACGUACAGCACAGCAAAGACUCUGUCACGAACAACCAGGCGACUAGGGAGUACUCGAAGUUGGCAACAUACCCAUUCCUCAGAGCCAGAGUCGGGCCAGCGAGCCCAGAUCACAUCAAAGCUGGUGUACCGUCUGGAUCACUUCUCUUCCACGCUGCAUGGGACGCUAUUGUCAUGCCGUCCAAGGAAGACCUCAGACCCUCGGCCGAAGGAUUACGCGGGAUGCGAGAUGUCUUGGACGCAAUCAAGGCAUAUCGCCUGCAGACUCGAACCGCACAAACAGCCGCUGUUGGCGAUGUUGAUGGAGAUGGGCAGAAUUUCUUCUGGUCCGGUAGGCUAGAGGUUUCUAUCCCAUUCCAUGCUGAGUAA